AUGAAGCAAAUAUUACUCCGACUUUUGGAGCGCGAUGAAGAUCCAUCUCAAGGACUACGACCUAAAGAUCCCAAUUCCAGGAUAAGCAUCGAGGAUCACGUGACAUAUGGCUCGUAUCUUCAAUCACGGUACAUAUCGUGUUGUAAGACGAUUAAUGGAAUUAAACGCCUCCGAAAAAAAUCAAGGACCUUUCCUCAAAGGGUUGUAAAAAUUGAGAUCGACUCGGAAGAUCCAACAAUCAAUGAAAUAAUAGAUUUGACAAAGCCAGAGAUUUUGGAGCAAUAUAUUAAGAAAGACAACAAAGAAGGAAGAUGUUAUGCAAGGAUGUAUGAGGAAGUUUUGAUUGACGGAAGUGUUCCCCCAAGCUGUGUCAUAGAGAUUACAGAAAGUCUGAACGAUGCCGAUUCAGCCUGA